AUGAUGAUGAAGAUGCUCGAAGCCGGCGGAAUCCCCGUGCUGAUCGACGAAAUUCGCGAGGCCGACGAGGACAAUCCUCGCGGAUACUACGAGUUCGAACCGGUUAAGAAGACGAAGGAAGAUGCGAGUUGGGUGGCCGGCUCGAUGGGCAAGGUCGUAAAGAUGGUUCACCUGCUGCUGUUGGACCUCCCGCUGGACCACGAAUACCGCGUCGUGUUCAUGCGACGUCACCUCGAUGAGGUGGUUCGCUCGCAGAACGUGAUGCUGCAGCGAAAAGGGGAGAACACCGACGAUCUGCCGGCAGAGCAAAUUAAGAAGCUCUACAUUUCACAGAUCGAGAAGGUGCAGGCCUACGUCGAUAAGCAUGCCGACAACUUCAAAUUGAUCGAGGUGCAAUACAACGAAGUGCUGGAGAACCCCGAUCCGAGCAUCGCGGAACUCGAGGCCUUCUUGGGCAAUCUCGACACGGCGGCCAUGAAGGCGGUGGUCGAGCCUUCGCUGUCUAUCUGUGCGACACUCAUUCCGCCCUUGGGCUGGAGGAUUCCGCUGAGUCAACGUCGCGUGUUCCAUAUUGGAAUGCUGACCGUCGCUGCACUGGUAUUGCUCCGGAUCGGCAUCGGUUGGCACUUCUUGUACGAGGGUCUGUGGAAGGCGCAGGCCGUGCCGACCUUCAGCUCCGAACCGUUCUGGCGGGCGGCCAAAGGUCCGUUGGCUCCGCUGUACCACGAGUUCAUGCUGCCCGACUUGUUUGGCGAGGAGCGGCUUGAUUUCGAUACGAUGGCAGGCCGUUGGAAGUCGCUUCAUGAGAAAUUCGAGGCCACUUAUAAGCUGAGCCCCGAGCAGCAGGCUGCCGCCGAAAAAGCACUGAAACUGCGCACGCAACAGCUCAAAGACUUUUUGGACUCUUCUCUCGAGGUUUACUCGACCACCAACGCGGAUGGCGAGAAGGUCGAGGGGAUUGUCUAUUUUGCCGACUUGGCGAAGCUCCGGCGGGCCCAGGAUAACGAAGAGAUUCAAGAAGUUCCCUACGGACGGGAGCGGACUUGGGACAAACAGCGGGAAUUGAUGACCCAGUCGACCCCCUGGAUUGCCCAGGUCGAGUCGAUUGAGGACAGCUACUUCAACGACCUGCGGUCUCUGCUGGAUUCCAGCCAGCGAGCCCGCGGAGACUGGAACGAACAACCGAACCUGUUGGCCCGUAUGGACAUGGUUGUUAUUUGGUUCAAUAUCGCCGUCGGGGCAUGCCUGAUUGUUGGUUUAUUCACCCGGCUGGCUGCGUUCAGCGGGGCGAUUUUUCUGAUUACGAUUAUUGGAGCGCAGCCCGAGUGGCCCACGAUUUACCCACCUGCGCCCCCCACCUCGGGGCAUGCCCUGCUGGUGAACAAAGAAUUUGUGGAAAUGUUAGCCAUGUUCGCCCUGGCCAAAGCGAUGCAACUGACGCCUGAAGAACGCGCUGUCGGUAAAGAAAACUUCUAUCGUGUCGUGGGUGACAAACUCACGCGGCGCGAGUUCCUCGAAGGCAGCCUCGCCGCGGGCGUGGUUUCGGGCGCGGGCCUGGGCUCGUUCUACUUCAGCUACGGCCGAGAAGUGGGUAACCCGAUCCGCGUGGGUGUGAUUGGCACCGGCGACGAGGGAAGUGUCCUGAUGGGCGCUCACACACCCGAUUACGUCGAGAUCAAGGCGAUUGCCGACAUCAGACCUUACAACAUUCACCGUGCAUUCCACGGUGAUCAGUCGAGCCCCAGCGCAUUGGCAGCUCGCCCCGGUUUGAUGUCCAAGUAUGGCUGGUCUUCUGAGAGCGAAGCCAAAAAGCACGUCAAAGUUUACGACCAAGACUAUCACGACUUGCUGGCCGACGAAGAUAUCGAAGCAGUGAUCAUCGCGCUGCCGCUCUUCCUGCAUGCACCUGUCGCCAUCGAAGCGAUGCAGUCGGGUAAGCACGUGCUGACCGAAAAGCUGAUGGCCCACAGCGUGCAUGAGUGCAAGGAAAUGGGUCGUGUCGCCCAACAGACCGGCUUGCACCUGGCCACCGGGCACCAACGCCACUACAGCAUUCUGUAUGACAACGCGGUCGACACCAUUCGCCGCGGGCUUAUCGGCAAGAUUCACCACAUUCGGGCCCAAUGGCACCGAGGCAAUCUGCCGGGCAAAGAUAGCUGGGCGGUGAAGUUGCCCGAUACGCUGAAGAAAGAACUUACAGACAUCAACAACAAGCUCGAGCGCGAGACCUCGGGAAGUCGCUUCGAUGCUUUGACGAAGCGUCGUGAGCUACUGGAACUGCAACUGCUCGACGCCUCGGUCGAUGCCGCUUCGCACGGCUAUGAAGAACGAACCCUGUCCGACGGUCGGGUACGCUCGCCACUGGAAGAGUUGCUUCGUUGGCGACUGUGGGACCGCACUGGCGGUGGGCUGAUGGCCGAACUGGGAAGCCACCAACUCGACGCCGCAGGCAUCUUUAUCUCCUCGAUGGAUCCCGACGGCAACAAGGUUCAUCCACUUACCGUCACCGGGGUCGGCGGACGGCACUUGUUCCCGCCCGACCGCGAUUGCGAUGACCACGUUUACUGCAACUAUGAAUACCCCACGCCGGGCUACGUUGCCGGAGGCACCGAGGAAGAGCAAAACAACAAGUGCGUUGUUUCUUACUCCUCGAUCAAUGGAAACGGCUACGGCGGGUAUGGCGAAGUUGUGCUGGGCACCGAGGGCACGCUGAUUCUCGAACGCGAGAAAGAAGCCCUGCUAUUCAAGACUUCGGCCACUUCGACCAAGGUGAAGGUGGCUGACGGCCCGGCACUCGACUCGUACGAGACGGGCGGUGGUGCCAGUGCUUCGACCAACGUGGGCGAACGAGCCCUCGGUGGCGAGAUCAGCCGUGGCUACACGGAAGAAAUCGAACACUGGGCCUGGUGCAUCCGCAAUCCCGACCCUGAAAAUCGUCCUCGCUGUCACCCGAAGGUCGCGCUGGCCGAUGCUGUGAUCGCCUUGACGACCAACAUGGCUAUCGCCCAGCGGAAGCAAAUCGAAUUCAAGCCGGAGUGGUUCGAUAUCGAUAGCGACGAAACGCCCGAGGGUGUUGCUCCGUCUGUGAAGGCGUAG